AUGACGACUUUAACCUGUGCGCCUAGUUUGUGUCGUGUUUCUCCUUCCUGGCGAGUUUUUAGUCCCGAAAAGAGAAGAAGUACUUUAAGAGCGGAGUUUUCAUCAUCAUCCUCAAUAAUAACAUCAUCCGACGGGGACGAGCACAUUUCCAAUCAGAUGCAUUCACCGUUUGCACGGGAAACAUCAAACCUCGCAAUCGGCUCCAAAAAAAACCUCGCAAUCAUCGGCGGGAGAGGAUGCGGGAAAUCCUCAAUCUGCAGGCGCUUAUUCGCGCACGACAAGAGGUUUAAACUGCUCUCCUUGGACGAUUUAAUCGUCUACGAGGAGUCGAAAUCUAUUCCCGAAAUCGUGGCCGAGAACAGUUGGCAGUACUUUCGAGAGGUGGAAUUUCGAUGUUGCGCGAAAGCCGCCAACGCGUUUUCGGAGUUCACUCUGAUCGAUUGCGGAGGUGGAAUAUGCGUGGAUUUAGACGAGGAAACAGGAGAGGAGAUAUACUCGGAGAGGAAAGUGAACGCGUUGAAAGAAACGGCGAUGAUUGUGUACAUUAAAAGAGACGCGGACUAUUUAGCGAGUAAAAUAGCCGGCGACAGCAAUCGACCGACUUUGAGCGAGACGAACUCGUUUAAAGAAAUCAUGGAGAGAAGAGGACCGUGGUACGAAAGAGCUGCGGAUUUGAUCUUGGAUGGGAGUUUAGAGAGCGGUAGUGGUAGUAGUAAUGAGAAUAAUAAGAAUACGAAUAACGAAACGACGGCGUUGGUGAAGAAGAAGAAGAUCGGGAAGGAGAUAUUGCGUUACUUCUACGCCAAAGCGGGCGUCGAACCUUUGGAUGUCGCCGGUUUCUACGAGAUUGGUGGUGCAGGCUCCGUGGAAAGUUUGAGGAAUGCGGGGAAAAACAGAUGGAUUUCCGAAGAAGAUGAAAUCAGAAUGUAA